AUGCCACCAAAAAAGAAAUCAGUGAAAAAAACAACAAAACGAAAACGUUCUGGUAGCAGUUCCGGUAAAAAUCCAUUUCAUUUUGAUUUACAGAAGAUCCACAACAAAAUUCAAUCGAAUUUCGAAGGAGAAAUCGAUCCCAAAGCUACCAUUUAUCUGACGGCUGUCUUGCAGUAUGUAGCUGCAGAAGUUAUAGAAGUUUCUGGAAAUAAAGCAAGAGAAAAGAAAGGCGGAAAAAAGUCGUUCGUUAUUAAAGAAGAGGACGUACGUACUGCACUUCAGUCGGAUGAGGAUUUAAAAAAGCUAAUGGAAGAGUUUUCUGCCAAAAAAUGA